AUGUUCAAGCGCUUCUCUGUGGACGAGCAUGUGUCCAACAUCAGCAAAGUGAAGACGUCCGUGCAGCGGAAGAUCUGCCAGCGCAUUAGCGAGCAAUACCCGUUGCUGGAAGAAAACGACGGGGAGUUGAUGGAACUCUUGUUGCCGAAGAAGUCGCCGCUCCUCGUCGCGAAAUGCUCGGGGACGGAGCACCUGCAACUUGUGUGCGCAGAAGACGGAACUCCUCUCUUCUUCAACAUGCGAGAUGGGCCAUUCUUGCCCACGCUGAAGUUGUUGCACAAAUUGCCUACAUUGAUGAAGGUGAUCCGUGCCGACAAGGGUGCCAUUCCGUACGUGUUGUCUGGUGCCAACAUCAUGGCGCCAGGGUUGACGUCCAAGGGCGGCGACCUCCCCGAAGUAAUCGAAGAAGGCGAGCCCGUCGCCAUCAUGGCAGAAGGCAAGGAGCUGGCGAUGGCCGUCGGCAUCAUGCAAAUGUCCACCGCCAACAUCAAGAGCAUCAACAAGGGCGUUGCCGUCGAAUUGGGCCAUUUUCUCGGCGACGAUUUGUGGCUUUUGCACAAAAUCGAAUAA